AUGACGAAGGAGGCGAAGAAGGCGAAGAAGGCGAAGAAGGCAACAAGAACUUUCGGUACGUCGAGGUCCAGCGGGAUGAUGGAGGUGGUCUGCGACAAGACCAACUACAAGCGAAGAAACCUUCGAGUUGAGGUCAAAACAGGUCGGGAGGCAGGAGAGGAGAGACGAAACAAGCCGGCCAAGACAAGAAUGUAG